AUGUCGAUUACUGCAGCAGAACCCACCUUCGCCUCUCAACUCCCCCCCCUCGAGCCGACCAUCCAAGUAAGGACGGAGGAACCUCUGUUCGAAGAGGACCCUUACCGCUUGGGGGCCGCACAGGACUUGGAGACAGUGACGCUGUGCCCACCAGGGCUCGAAGGCCUGGAAAUGCUGGGCGCCGGCGACUUUGUCGAUUUUUCAGUCGUGGGAGAGCAGCCGGGGGGGAAGAUUACAGCGACACCUUCCACAGCAUUUGAUCACGUACCGUUCGGUGCUUUGCGACCGACGCCACCGCGAGGUUUAAUAGCAGAAAGAGUCAUGUCGGCUUUUGAAGGAGACGACUUCUUGCACCGUCUUCUGGACCUGCAGGUCAAGCUUUCGGACCUGAUAAAAUCACUCACAAGCGGAAAGGAGAGCAGCUGCCUAGCGCUGACGCCGAAUGCUCCAGGGAUAGGCAGCUUUGCUUCCGGGGCUGUCCUUACCAAGAACAUGGAAGAGGUCGCCCUGGCCACGGAAGACCUAGUCGACAUCAUUGAAAAGGUGCAACGAUGUGGAGUUCGGGACAGCGACUACAGCCGAGAGGCUGAACGCGGCAUGUUCACCCCGUCCUCUUCAUCACAAGCCGGCGUGCCGGUUCCACCGCGAAAAUCAACAAAGCCCCACAUUGCCACGACACUCCUGGUCUCGAGUAGCUACGUGAGGCUUAUCCAGGUCUUUGAGCUGCUGGUUGAGACGCUGCAACAGCCUUCACCAAGCCAGCCAUACCACGCUUCAAACUGGGGCAGGCCACAGACUCCACAGACUCCACAGGCUCCAACAGGGGAAAUGCCCAUGUUCCGGUUAGGGCGGCUGCGACUAACCAUCCCCCCAAGACUCAGCACAGAACUGCACUUUCAUGUUGUUUCGCAGAUGGUACAACGGCUCAGGGAAACAAUGCAGAGCUACGCGGCGUACGUUGAGAAUGCAACGGCGCCAGGGAGUGCCAGCGACUUUUUCAAGGCGAUGGAACCGAGCGGGACAAGUGCCAUUGCCAUGAUAGUCGAGAGUGUCUUGUCAGAUGUGAACACGCAGGAGGAGAACCUGCUCACAACCUUACAUAGAAGAGACUAA